CAAAGUCAAGAAGAAUGAUGGGUUUCAGACAUACCUUCUUCCUUGGCUUGGUUUUUCUGAUUAGCCUUAUAGUUUCAGAGGCUUCUCAUCAACCUAGCUCUCCCAUUCCCAUUGUAAGGAGAAGCAACUUCCCUAAAAACUUUGUUUUUGGUUCUUCAUCUUCUGCUUAUCAGUAUGAAGGUGCAGUUGCUACUGAUGGAAGAAAACCAAGUAUUUGGGAUACCUACACUCACAAACACCCUGAGAGAAUUGCUGAUGGCAAGAAUGGAGAUAUAGCUGUUGAUGAAUACCAUCGCUACAAGGAGGAUGUUGCCAUUAUGAAGCGUAUAGGUUUUGGUGCUUACAGAUUCUCAAUUUCAUGGUCUAGAAUCAUACCAACCGGAAAGCUUAAAGAUGGUGUGAAUAAAAAAGGAAUUGACUACUACAAUAGACUCAUCAAUGAACUCCUUUCAAAAGGUAUCCAAUCCUAUGUUACAAUUUUCCAUUGGGAUGUUCCUCAAGCUUUAGAAGAUGCAUAUCAAGGCUUCUUGAGUCCUAAAAUUAUAAAUGAUUAUGGAGACUUUGCUGAACUUUGCUUCAAGGAGUUUGGAGAUAGAGUGAAACAUUGGAUCACCUUUAAUGAACAAUAUGUCUUCAUCAUAAAUGGCUAUGGGGUAGGAGCUUUUGCACCAGGCAGAUGCUCUUCAUGGCAACCAUUUAAUUGUACGGGUGGAAAUUCCGGAACUGAACCAUACAUUGUUGGUCACCACCAAAUUCUUUCGCAUGCUGUUGCUGUUAAAAUUUAUAAAUCUAAGUAUCAGGCACGCCAAAAAGGUGAAAUUGGGGUGACAUUGUUUUCCAAUUGGUUUGUCCCAUAUUCAAAUAGUGAAGCAGACAGAAAUGCUACGGUUCGAGCUCUUGAUUUUCAACUCGGUUGGUUCUUGGAUCCAGUAGUGCAUGGAGACUAUCCAGCCAACAUGAAAGCUCUUGUGAAAGACAGAUUGCCUAAAUUCACAAAAGAACAGAUUAAAUUGAUCAAUGGGUCCUAUGAUUUUAUUGGAAUCAAUUACUAUACUUCUAAUUAUGCACAAAACAAUCCCAACGUUGAUCCUUCUAAACCAAGCCUCUUGACUGAUUUACGUGCCAAUUCUUCAACUGAUCGUAACGGAGUCUCGAUUGGUCCAAAGGUGAAUGCUUCAUCUUGGCUUGCAGUUUAUCCUGAAGGACUGAAAGAUCUAAUGAUACAUAUAAAGAAUCAUUAUAAGAAUCCAAAUCUCUACAUCACAGAAAAUGGAUAUCUCGACUUUGAUAUUCCCCAAGUUUCCAAACUAAUCAAGGAUGAGGGAAGAGUUAAAUACUAUCGUCAACAUCUCUCCAAGCUUUCCGAAUCCAUCAAGGCUGGUGUGAGGGUAAAAGGAUUCUUUGCAUGGUCAUUAUUGGACAAUUUUGAAUGGUCAAGUGGAUAUACCAUGCGUUUUGGUCUGGUGUACGUUGACUUUAAACAUCGUUUGAUGAGAUUCCCAAAACUAUCUGCGAAAUGGUUCCAUGACUUCCUUCUAAGCUAAGGAUGAUUCACAAGUGCCCUUCCUAUGCUACUAUUUGCACCAUGACCACUACAAUCUAGCUACAAAGUCACUUUGUUUUUGUAAUUGCCAUCUUGGUCAUCUUAAUAAGAUAUGUUAACCUUAUUAUUGCACUCUA